AUGGCCUCGCGAGGUCAAGCAUGUCAGAUAGAACCUUUGACCUCGGUGUCCUCUUUACUCUUAAUGUCUCCGUCUCUGCCUGUCCGACCUGUACCAGGAUGUUUACACUGCAAUCCUGUCGUUUGCCCUUUGCCUUGCCCGACCGACGAUGUGCCCGAUGCCCUCCUGCCCGAUGGCCCUCCUGCCCCGACUGCCCUGCUGCCCGAUGCCUCCCUCCGAUGCCCCUCCCUGCCCCGAUGCCCGAUGCCCUCCCUGCCCGAUGCCCUCCUGCCCGAUGCCCUCCCUGCCCCGAUGCCCUGCCCCGAUGCCCUCCUGCCCGAUGCCCUCCCUGCCCCGAUGCCCUCCCUGCCCCGAUGCCCCCCCUCCCGAUGCCUCCCUGCCGAUGCUCCCUUGCCCUCCUGCCCCCCCGAUGCCCUCUCCUGCUCCCGAUGCCCUCCCUGCCCGAUGCCCUCCCUGCCCGAUGCCCUCCCGCGCCGAUGCCCCUCCCUGCCCCGGAAAUGCCCCUCCCCGCCCGAUGCCCUCCCUGCCCGAUGCCUCCUGCCCCGAUGCCCGAUGCCCUCCCUGCCCCGAUGCCGCUCCCUGCCCGAUGCCCUCCCCUGCCCGAUGCCCUCCCUGCCCGAUGCCCUCCCUGCCCCGAUGCCCUCCCUCGAUGCCUCCCUGCCCCGAUGCCCGAUGCCUCCUGCCCGAUGCCCUCUCCUGCCCGAUGCCCUCUGCCUGCCUGCCGAUGCCCUCCCUGCCCCGAUGCCCGAUGCCCUCCCCCUGCCCUCCUGCCCGAUGCCCGAUGCCUCCCUGCCCGAUGCCCUCCCUGCCCGAUGCCUGCCCGAUGCCCUCCUGCCCGAUGCCCUCCCUGCCCGAUGGCCCUCCCUGCCCCGAUGCCGAUGCCCUCCCUGCCCCGAUGCCCUCCCUGCCCUCCCUGCCCGAUUCCCUCCUCCCUGCCCCCGAUGCUCCGCUGCCCCGAUCCCUCCUGCCCCGAUGCCCUGCCCCGAUGCCCCCUGCCCCGAAUGCCCUCCCUGCCCGAUGCCCUCCUGCCCCGUGCCCUCCUGCCCGAUGCCCUCCUGCCCGAUGCCCCCUGCCCCGAUGCCCUCCCUGCCCGAUGCCCGAUGCCCUCCUGCCCGAUGCCCUCCCUGCCCCGAUGCCCUCCCUGCCCCCUGCCCGAUGCCCUCCCUGCCCGAUGCCCUCCCUGCCCCGAUGCGCCGCCGAUGCCCUCCCUGCCCGAUGCCUCUCCCUGCCCCGAUGCCCCCCUGCCCGAUGCCCGAUGCCCUCCCUGCCCGAUGCCCAUCCCUGCCCGAUGCCUCCGCCUGCCCGAUGCCCUCCUGCCCGAUGCCCCUUCCCUGCCCCGAUGCCCCCCUCCCGAAAUGCCGCCCGAUGCCCUCCCUGCCCGAUGCCCUCCCUGCCCGAUGCCCUCCCUGCCCGAUGCCCUCCCUGCCCGAUGCCCUCCCUGCCCGAUGCCCUCCCUGCCCCGAUGCCCUGCCCUCCCUGCCCCGAUGCCCUCCCUGCCCGAUGCCCGAUGCCCUGCCUCGACCCGAUGCUCCCCUGCCCCGAUGCCCUUCCCUGCCCGAUGCCUCCCUUGCCCCGAUGCCCUGCCCUGCCCCCGAAUGCCCUCCCUGCCCCGAUGCCCCUCCCCCCUCGAUGCCCUGCUCCCGAUGCCCUCCCUGCCCGAUGCCCUCCCUGCCCGAUGCCCUCCCUGCCCCUGCCCUCCUGCCCUUGCCCUCCUGCCCCGUGCCCUCCCUGCCCCGAUGCCCUCCCUGCCCCGAUGCCCUCCCUGCCCGAUGCCCUCCCUCCCGAUGCUUCCCUGCCCGAUGCCCCGAUGCCCGAUGCCCUCUCUGCCCCGAGCCCGAUGCGAUGCCCGCCGCUUGGCUCGUUUCCCUUUGCUAG